AUGGUGUUCGUUAAGCCCACUGUCGGAAUCUCUCGUCUUGCUGGUACAGCAUUCAAAUCUNUUACCCACGGAUACGCUCAGACUGUCGUCGCCGCUUCUCAAUCUUCCUACGCCUCGCAGAACACCGGUGUUACACCACUCGCAAGCAACUGGAUACAUCGCAUUGGCGGUAACACUAGCACAUCUCAAGUACAACAUGUGCCGACACACGCAAGCACCCAGGCAGCCCGUCAGGACAACAUCAACAAUGACGGUCUAGCCCAAUAUUACGAGGCGUGGCACAAGCACCACAAGAAUGGCGACCUCCGCGAAUGGCAACAGUUUCAGUUCCAGAAGUUGAUCGGAUACUCGGGCGCAGGAGCUGCUGAGAGCAAGGAGGCGGACGAUGUGCAAGAAAGCAGCGCAAUCGAGGAGGUGGAUGAGAGCCUGGAAGAUGCGCCACAACGAGGAAACUUGAAGCGUGCAUACACGACCAGCGCUGUCGACAACUUUGGAAAGGCCAUCGACAACCAGGAAGCUGCCGCUAUUGCAUUUGCACAAGUCAACGAGGCGAUCGCCGAGGAGAUCAGCAAGACCAAGCAAGAGGUUGAGGCUUCUAUCGGCGCCGCGAUUGAGGAAGACGCUGUUUCAGAGAAGACCAUCACAGCUGCUCGCGAUGUUCGGGAAGAGUUGUCCACUCCUAUCCUUGACCACACUGCUGCUGCGCCCGUGUCAGAGUUCGAUGCGUACACACAGGAACUAGAAUUGAUGCUUCGCGACAAGCAGUAUUCGCGCAUCCCGAGUAUCUUCGAGUCGAUGCUAUACGCUGGCAUCAGACAACCCCCGCCCUCUGCUUACCGUGCUCUGAUGAUCUCUGCCAUUGAGCUUACCACUGGCAAGCACCAAAAGGUACCCAAAGCUUUGGAAGUCUACUCGGACAUGCUCCGUCGCAGAGUAGUCCCGGAUGCAGAAACUUAUGCUGCUCUUAUCAAUGUUCUGGCAACCAGAGCUCUGGAGGCUUCAGCUACCAAGAAGGUUCUUGAAGAGAAACGCGUACGUUAUGGUGGCAUGGAGGCCGAGGACAGCUUCCUCUUCCACUCGGAUGCGCUGGAAUAUGCCAUCUUCGCAGAGGACGAGUCUUUGAACAUCGCCUUGACCACCUUCAACUCUGCUUCAACAAAGAUCGACUUUUCAACCACAUCUUACAGUCUUCUGAUUCACGCAUGCGCCAAGCAAGGACGCGUUUCUGACAUGUCGCGCUUGUUUGAGCAUAUGUCCAGCAAAGAUGUCGUGCCAAACGCGAACAUCUUCCCGGCCAUGAUCAACGCAUUUGCGCUUGCAGGAGACUUGCGCAACGCCGUGGACUGCUACGAAAACUACAAGAAGCUGGCCAUUGAAAACGAUGCUGGCAUGAACCACAUGUCAAGAAUGGACGAAGCUGUUUACUCUUCUUUGGUCAAGGCGUAUGCUGCUUGCCAGCACUUGACUGGUGGUCAAAAGUUCCUGCGCGAGAUCGAGUCUCAGGAGCAGAAUGCCUUCAAGCGUCAAGCCAUCAGAGACACUGUUUUCGUCGAGUCCUUCCUUCCUCUUUCGAUCCAGGCUGGCGACUUCAAGGAAGCUUCCACCAUCCUCUCUAGCAUAUCGAGUGCCGCUUCCGUUCAUGCUUUGAACUCUAUUAUCAUGGCCGCUGCCGAUGUCAACAAUUCAAUCGAGGGUACCAAGGCUUUCAAUGCUCUUGCUGCACUCGGUGCUGAUUUGGCCCCUUCCUCCAUGGCAAUGCUCGCGAUGCACGUCCGCAAUGCAAACCUCGAUGCAGCUGAGCCCUACUGGCGUGUGCUCGAGAACUCCAUGGCUACUCCGGCCUCCAUUGAGCCGGCCACUAUGCGUGCUCUUGCUCUCAUCAGUAUUGGUUUUGCUACCCGUGGUAUUGCGCAGACUCGUCACAUGUUGAGCCGUAUAAGAGAUGCUCAAAACUCAGCAUCUGCCAACAGCGAGAUCGCCGAAAAGAUCGAGGACGUUAUUGAGAUUCUUGGCAACUUUGCUCUAAAGAAGAACAACAAUAUGCUCGAGAUCGGCGCCAGCAUCGAGCUUCUCCGUAUGAUGGUCGACAAUGGUGCUCUGGUCAACCCAAUCGCCGAACAUAUUGUAGCUUCCUUCGGCCCUCAGGAAAUCUCGCAGCUCAACGCUGGUGACAUUGGUCUUCUGACUAAGAUUCAGUCGCGCAUGAUCCUGGACGAGUCUGCUCCCGAGGUUGCUGGCGAUUCUAGAUUCGCUUGCCUUCUUGAGAACAUCGUCGCUCGCGCCGUCCUUCCCGAUGUCUCCACCGAGAAUUUGAUUGAGAAGACCCUGAUCAACCUGGACCGCAGUGAUCUCAGUCGCCUCUGGAACAACUACCGCUAUCCCGUUCUCCCUUCGCCUGUCUACCCACCUGUCGUCAACUUCAACGCUUUCCCUCAAGCACCUGUCUCUCCUGUUUUCGAUGACGCGUUCGACCCUUAUGCCAGCAGGACUGAUAACAAGGCCUCGGUCGCGAUUACCGACUUACUUGAAAAGCCCCAUGGAAGGUCUGCAACCAACUUGAACGAGGCUCUGGCCAAGUUCCGCAACAUCCGUCGUGCUGGUCGUGUCCCGAGGUUCUUUGCUUACUCAAAGCUCAUCACGGCUGCCGCUAAGGAAAACCAAUUCAACCUCUGCCGCGACAUUCUCGAAAUGGCCAAGCAGGACGUACCUUUCCUCUCUCAGUACCGCGUGGUUAGGUUUGGAUGGAUUUCGAUUCUCGAUUCUAUGCUGUCAGCUUGCCUGAGCGUUGGCCGCCGCGAUCUCGCCGCUCAGUACCACCAAGACUUGCUUGACAUGGGUGCUUCUCCUUCUGCUAACACAUACGGACUGUACAUCACAACCCUUAAGGAGAACACCAAGACUUUUGAUGAAGCUACUGAAGCAGUCAAAAUCUUCUUGCGUGCCAAAGCUGAGGGUGUUGAGCCAACUUCCUUCCUAUACAAUGCGUUGAUUGGCAAGCUUGGUAAAGCCCGAAGAAUUGACGAUUGCCUCUUCUACUUUGCUGAGAUGCGCAACCUUGGUAUUCGCCCUACUUCUGUCACCUACGGCACCAUCGUCAAUGCUCUGUGCCGUGUCAGUGACGAGAAGUUCGCCGAGGAGAUCUUUGAGGAGAUGGAGGCUUGUGCCAACUACAAGCCCCGUCCUGCACCUUACCACAGUUUGAUGCAGUACUUCCUGACCACCAAGCGCGACCGUAGCAAGGUGCUGAGCUACUACGAGCGCAUGCGUUCGAAGGGUAUUCAGCCUACAAUGCACACUUACAAGCUUCUAAUCGACACUCACGCUACUCUUGAACCCCUGCACAUGGCCGAGGCUGAGACCGUCCUUGCUGAGAUGCGUGCUGCUGGCGAGAAGCCUGAGGCCGUUCACUACGCUGCGCUGAUCCACGCCAAGGGUUGCGUGCAGCACGACAUGGCUGGUGCUCGUGCUCUUUUCGACACUGUUGCCUUGGACUCCAAGGUCAGGCUUCAGCCUUGCGUCUAUCAAGCCAUGUUCGAGUCUCUCGUUGCAAACCGUCAAGUCGCCGAUGCCGAGCCUUUGCUCGCUCACAUGGCUUCUCGUAGAGUCGAGAUGACUCCUUACAUUGCCAACGCCUUAAUUCAUGGCUGGGCACUGGAGAAGAAUAGCGUACGUGCUCGCCAGGCGUUCGAUCGUGUGAACUUCGCCGACCGUGAGCCCAGCACUUACGAAGCCAUGGUUCGUGCUCACCUUGCUGUCGAAGACCGCGAGGGUGCUCAGGCCGUCGUUGGCGAGGCUCUUAGCAGAGGUUACCCCACUGCUGUCGCCAACAAGAUUGUUGAGCUCAUCAGUGGUGGCAGACCAUAG